AAAUCUUUCUCUCUCUCUUUGAGCAAAGGCUCUUGAGUUGUUCAACCUCCUUUCAUUUCUCCUCUCACUUCCGAGGAACCCUUUUCGUUUCCAUUCCCCUUUCUUUCUUUUAAUCGAUCGCUCUCUUUUUUCUGUAAGAUUUGGGAGCUGGGUUCGUACGAUUCCUUGGAAAUCUGCGACCUUUCUUUCUGAUUCUCAUUUGUUGACGAAUUUAGAACAAUUUGCGCAACUGUGUUCCUUAAAAGCGAGGUGCUCCUGUUUCUUCAGGCUUUAUAAGUUCUUGAGGAUCUAGCAAGAUUGUAUUUGCUUCUGGAUGAGAUUUUGAGCUUUCUUCUCUGCGUGCGUGCGAUGGAUGUUGAUUUUAAUGGCGACGAGUCCUGCGACUCGUGUCUUGAUGCCGAAUUGUUGCAGCUUCCGGAUGUUUCUCCAUUGGCCCUUAAGUCGCACCCUUACGUUGCUGAUAAGUUGUUCGAUCAAUGGCUUUCUCUCAAUGAAACUGGGUCCCUGGUGAAGUCGUUAGUUAAUAAUGCUAAGGCUGGCAUUCCAUUGAAUGUUCCUGGAUCAUCUUCUAGCCCAAAUGCAACUUCAAAUAAUUCAUUGCCCUCCAUGUUUCCUGCUGGAAGUGCACCUCCACUUUCACCGAGGAGCUCAUCUGGUUCUCCUCGCACUGUAAAACAGAGAGUGGGCCCUUCUAAUUUAGGUUCUCCCUUAAAAUUAAUUCUUGAGCCAGUCAAAGAAAUGAUACCUCAGUUCUACUUCACAAAUGGACCACCUCCUCCAAAUGAACUAAAAGAGCGUUUUCUGUUUAGAAUCAAUCAAUUCUUCUAUGGUCACCCAGAUGGACUACAGAUUAAUGAGUUUAAGCCUGUUACAAAGGAGAUAUGCAAGCUCCCGUCUUUCUUCUCUACUGUUCUAUUCAAAAAGAUUGAUACUAAAAGCACUGGGUGUGUAACCAGGGAUGCAUUUGUUGAUUAUUGGGUCAAUGGCAAUAUGUUGACAAAGGAUUUGGCUACCCAAAUAUUUUCCAUCUUAAAGCAGUCAAACCUUAAGUAUCUUGUUCAGGACGACUUUAAACCCCUGCUUCAAGAACUUUUGGCUACUCAUCCUGGAUUAGAGUUUCUACACAGUACACCAGAAUUUCAAGAAAGAUAUGCUGAAACUGUAAUAUUCAGAAUUUAUUUUUACGUGAAUAGAGCGGGUAAUGGCAAUCUUACCCUCAGGGAGCUGAAACGUAGCAACUUAAUUGCUGCCAUGCAACAUGCAGAUGAAGAAGAAGACAUAAACAAGGUUUUAAGAUAUUUCUCUUAUGAACAUUUCUAUGUGAUAUACUGCAAGUUUUGGGAGCUGGAUACAGAUCACGAUUUCGUGAUAGAUAAAGAGAAUCUUAUUAGAUAUGGUAAUCAUGCUCUUACUUACAGGAUUGUGGACAGAAUAUUUUCCCAGGUUGCAAGGAAAUUUUCGAACAAGGUUGAGGGGAAAAUGGGAUAUGAAGAUUUCGUGUACUUUAUAUUAUCAGAGGAGGAUAAAUCAUCUGAAAUUAGUAUUGAGUACUGGUUCAAAUGCAUAGACUUGGAUGGUAACGGGAUUUUAACAAGGAACGAAAUGCAAUUCUUUUAUGAAGAGCAGUUGCAUCGGAUGGAGUGCAUGGCACAAGAACCAGUUCUUUUUGAGGAUAUUUUGUGUCAGAUAGUUGACAUGAUUGGACCUGAGAAUGAAAGCUAUCUUACACUGAAUGACUUAAAAGGCACGAAACUUGUCGCAAGUGUCUUCAAUAUCCUUUUUAACCUUAACAAAUUUAUGGCCUUUGAAACUCGUGAUCCGUUCCUUAUUCGUCAGGAGCGUGAGAAUCCACAUUUAACAGAGUGGGAUCGCUUUGCUCAUAGGGAAUAUAUUAGGCUUUCUAUGGAAGAAGAUGCUGAAGAUGCCUCCAAUGGUAGUGGAGAUGUUUGGGACGAAUCACAAGAGUCCCCAUUUUGACUUGCUCUACGAUGCUCAAGAAAAAAAGUUGAAUCCGUGCUCAUGAAUCCUUGUCCAAAAAGUUAUCUAGUGAUUGCAAGCCUUUAUACAACAUCAAUCAAGUUCAUUCUCUUGAAGUUGCCAAAUGAUCUGAUCAACUUCAGUGCAUGUACCAGCAUAGAGCCUGUAUUUUGGGCUUUUCCCAUAUUGUGCGCUUUACAACAAUUAAACAUUUUGGUAUCUUUAAAUGCAGCAGAUCUCCAUGAACUUGUCAACUCACCAAUGUGAAACUUGGCUUCCUGAUAUGAUAGGGUUAGUUUUCUUCUGGUCUGGUCUUCUUCUGGUUAGUGAAUGCAUUAACAGGGUGCCUUGCGAAAGUUCCUGUUUGAAUAGAUGCAAUGUGCCCUGUAGCCUUUGUAUGCAACUACUACCCGAAAAAGACCUUUGGCUAAUGAUUUUUUCUCACUCAGUGAAGGGUGUUUUUUUUACUUUGGAACUGCUAGAACUUUUCUUUGUUUGACUUUUGUUUUUAUUUAUACUUCAGCAUUAUUGGCUACAUUGUUGGGAUCAGGGGUCAUGAAAGUGAGGUGUCAGGCUGCCUUAUGUUUUCUA